UUUAGGCUGGAACAUGGGAAGAGACGAACAUUAACAAAUGGGUAACUUGAAGGAUUAAGAGGAAACUUAUGAAUCAAAUGGACUUAGACAGUCGAGAUAGUGCGCCUUUUUGUUCAAAGUACAUAUGGCCUCACUAAUAAUGAAUGCUUAAAAGAAUGCUUGAAGUGGAACUCCACAAGAUUUUGUAAACAUUGCUCGACACACCACUUCAAUGCCAAGUAUAUAUAUAUUAACUUUUGACUAUGUACGGAUCCACCAAGCUUCUAUGUACAAAUUUAAAUAACCUCUUUUGAAUAUGUAUGUAAUUAUUAGCUAAGACAGAAGUCCCACUUUUGGAUGCGAACAAAACUAAACUCUAUGUAAUUAGACAAUCGAAUACUUUUGUUGAACAUAACAGUAACGAAAUAUAUGUAAAUACCUUACUAAUAUUUUGCGUACAAACAAAUUUCAGUAUCAAACUCCCACGUGCAUCGCACGUGCUCCUCACUAGUACCCUUAAAAAUAGUUAUAACAUAAUUGAUUUGUUUUCUAUCAUAACCUAAUUCAAAAUAGAUCCAAUGAAAAAUUAACCCGAACGAAACCACGAACCGAACAACAUGUUCGUGAAUCAAGAUUUCACCUCUAAACUUGGAAUAAAUUCAUCAAGGACAUAACCUGAUUGAGUCCAGCCCAACACAAAAUUGACCCUUGAGCCCGGAGUCCAAAAUAGUUCAUGAAAUAGCAACUAGUGCGUCACCAACGCUCAGAUUGUGCAGGGGUGUGCACGGUGCUCUUGGUGCACCUGUCCAAAAACGCAAAAAUUAAACAAUAAAACGCAAAAACACUAAAACACUAAAACAACAAAAAAAAAGAAAAGAACAGUGAAAAUAAAUCAGAAAAGAACAUUAAGAAGUAUACUAAAAGAACAAUAACAAAAAAACAUAAAGAACACUAAUAUAAAAAGACAAAAGUAAAAAUAUUAAAAGCAGUUAUGUUUUAAAAUAUAAAAUUCAAAAAGGAACGGUUAUUUAUCUCUCCUCUUAAAAGCAGUGGUAUAAAUACCCAAAUUGCAAAGUACACUCUUACAUGCAAUUCUCAAAACCGAUUUCCCCAAAAAACUAAUCAACUUCCCUCCUACUCUCAACUGCUUUUCUAACUCAAUUCAAACUCAAUUUCUACAAAAAAAUGGGUAGAACGAAAAAAUCAGACGAACCAAAAGCUUCUGCUGAAAGUGAUGAGAUUCCUCUCAAGGAUUUUGUGAAAAGGAAGAACAAAGAAAUUUCAAAACCAGAAGAAGAAAAUCCGGAAGCUAAAAUGUUAAGUAUUGAAGAACAACGGAAGCAAAUACUUGACCAGAAACAAAUGCUGUUAAACAUUCAAAAACAGCUGAAAGAACAAGAGGACAGGCUGAAUGCACAGACCAAUGCCUCGAAAGAUGAAAACGAGGAUGAACAUCCAAAACCCCAACCAAAAAAGAGAAAGUUAACUUUUCGAUCGAGUGCACAAGAAGAUGAUGCACAGAAGGUUGAUGAACAACCUGAAACAAAGAAAAAAGGAACAAGAGUCAAAACUAUUCCAAAUCGAAACAGAACAAGAUUACAGCUAUAUAAGGAAGAAUUCCCUCAGACGAUGAAAGAGGUCAAUGAGGAAUUUGAAGCUCUAGAAAAGAAAAAAUCUGCCCCAGUGAAUAAGAAGCGCAAAGGAACUUCUAAGAAGGGAAAAGAGAUUGUUCUUCGUGAAGAUUAUGAAAAGGAUGAAGAAGAAGUGGAAGAAGAGUCAAUAUCUUCCUCUACCUUUUUCAUAAAGAAGAGAGGUAAUGAUAUAAUGAUUGCUGAUGGAGAAAUGGAAGUGAAGGAAGAAGAAAAACCUGUGAUUGAUCCCAAACAAAAGCCCCAUGAGCACAAACUGAACGUGAGGCAAACUGCGCAAAUGCUGAUGCGCUUUUUGAAGGGAAUUUCAUCUGAUAAACCUAUUAAUAGGGCAAAACAACAAGCUAUCACAGAGUUAGGGUUCGGAUCUUUUCUAAACCUUGACAUACCACCAAAUGUAAAUCCAUUCCCGUACGAGUUGCUUUCCCAUUUCAACUCUUCAACCCGGGCCCUAGAUUUACAAAAAUCUUCCUUGCAUAUUACAAUAGGGGACAUAUACCUUGUGUAUGGUAUCCCUAUUGGAGGAGACCAGGUGAUUGAAUUGACAGAUGAAACAGAUCCAGCGGUGAAGAAAGUAUUUUCUGAUUUUUGGAAAUAUUGGGACGUGCAAUCUGGAUGCCCAAAGUUGGUGAAAAUGAUAGAAAAAUUGAUCAAAGAAACCACCAAAGUUGAUGAUAACUGGAAAAGAUCUUUCCUCGUGGUUGUUGUUAACACAAUGAUCAAAUCCACUACCAACAUUUCGCCAAACUUCAAAUUCCUUGCUAGCACGGUUAAUCUGAAUCGAGUAAGGAAUCUGAAUUGGUGUCAUUAUGCCUAUACCAGUCUUUUGACGGCAGCUAAAUACUGGAAUGAGGACCGAAGCAGAUGGUUUGCUGGUCCGCUACCAUUUUUAAUGGUGUGUUAUUUUGAUCGAGUGCAAAUUGAAAAAGAAUAUCCUCCUAGGAGCUUCCCCAUCAUUAAAUGCUGGUCAAGACAAAUGAUAAGCAGCAGGGUUAAGCAUGAUAAUGAGUGUGGCUUUGGACAUGGUAUCAUUCUUGACAGAAUCGAAAGCCCACCAGAGCUAAUACAGUAUAGGAGAGAUAUUCUUUUGGAAAAAGAACAAGAAGAACCACCACAACCACAACAAGAAGAACAAGAACAAGAACAACCACAACCACCACCACCACAACAUGAAGAACAAGAACAAGAACAACCACAACCACCACCAACAGAACAAGAAGAAGUACCACCACCACUACAACAAAAACAACAACAGCAGCAGCAAAAACAACAACAAGCACAUCAAAGUUCACCGGUGACUGAACUCGGUGAAGAUCAGGAGAUACCAGAGCAACAAACACACUCCAACCCCGAGGAAGUCAAACUACCCUCGACAGUUGAGGAGUUUCAUCAGGAGUUCUUGAAGACCACAGCUGAAUUAAGUGGUGUAAUGAACAAAUUCAACAACCUCUUGUCGUUGUCGAAGAAGUUCUUUGACACGACUGUUGAUGUAAAAGAAACAAUGUCAUUUAAUAUGGCAGAGAUGUGGUCCAAGUGUUCAGAAACACAACUUCCAACCGUGUUUGACAACGUCAAGAAUGCAUCGAAUGAGGAGAGAAAAGAUUCACAGGAGAUGGGUUCCAUUCUGAUUCAAGACAAAGAGUUUUUCAGCUCGGACUACUUCUCCAUUUUAUUUGAUGAUGCAGUCAAGAAAGCGACUAGAGGGAAGAAAAAAGAAACUGUUAUGGAAAAAGAAACAGAGGAACCUAUGUCAGAGGAGCCUCUAUCAGAGGAAAGUCUACCGGAAUUACCUCCAUUUCUCACACCUCCCACUAUGGACUCUGAAAAUGAUGGGGUUAAUGAUUUGACUUUGAAGCUUGGACUACCGUCCAUUUCAGACAUUACCCCUACACAUGACUAUGAAGAGGAGAUGAGGAUCCAAGCACUCUUGAUGAACAACUCUUUAACAGAAGGUGACCUUCAAACGAUUUCAGGGGAGAAGGAAGAUUAUUCAGAAAAAGAACAGCAGUCUCCACCGAAAACCGAAAUGUUCAAAAUAUAUUUUCUCUCUGUACCUGAGAGUUUGAAGAACAAUGAUGAUGCUUUGAACAAAAGCAGUGAAAAAGGGACACCAAUCCCUAAUCGAGAAGAACAAGAUUUUGAGACCCCAAAAGUUCCUGUAGCGGAUUCCCAGGGUAAUGUGAUAACUCCAUCAGUCUAUCUGAGAGAUGAAGAGGAUGUUCCAACAAAAACAACAAAAGAUGAAGAGGAUGUUCCAACUACAAGUCAAAUCCCUGCCACAAUGAAGAGAAUCAAGAAUGUCCCUAUAGUGUUACGGUCACCGUUUUUAACUCAGUAUUCACAUUUACUUGAGGCUAGUGACAAACUAAGCCAAGAGGACAAGGAUUUGAAAUGCAUUCUUGAUUAUGCAAUUGCAGAGGGUGAUCCUAGUGAGUUGGUGUACUAUGACAAAUGGAACUUAAUUACAAGAGCUAAUAUGCAAACCCUAGGUGGGGAUGUUUGGGUGGAAAAUAAUAUCAUUGACACAUUUGCAAAACUGUUGAAUGAUGAUCGAGACCAGUGCGUAAAGUCGAACAUGAAAUUCUACUUUUCGACAAUUCCUUACAAUAUGCUGUUACAAAACGACGCAUAUGGUGGGACACAAGAUAGCCAAGGAACUGAGCAGAAGAGGUUUCAGAAUUUUGUGGAUUCCAUUAAGCAUGAAAUGUCAGUUGCAAAUGUUUCAUCUCUAAAUGGAUACCAUCUGUUGUUCUUUCCUGUCUGUUCUGGUGCACAUUUCUUCCUCAUUGUGAUAAACAAUAAAACAAAGAAAGUUGAAAUUCUUGACAAUCUCGAUCUACCGGAGGGAAUACCUUUUGAGAACAAAUAUGAACAGAAUCCCCAAAACACUUUUGAAACAUGGUUGAAGUUUUGUGAGCUGGAAGGGUAUCCAUUAAAAAACACACAAAUCAAGCAAUAUGAAAUCACAUUACCUUCAAUGCCAUGGAAAAAUCGAGAAAACAAAGUCGAAUGCGGGGUGUAUGCAAUGCGGCAUAUGGAGACAUAUAAAGGCAACCCGAAUUGGGAUUGUGGAUUUACAAACUAUGAAGAUGAUAAAAUCUAUAUUCGGCAGCUAAGGAUACAUUAUGCAACACAAAUCUUAUCAAGCGCUCAGAACGAGAAGCAUGAGUUGAGAUAUCUGGCACUGAAACAAGCAAAUCAAGUAGAAUAGACAUUACUUUUGAAACAAUGGUUUGAUAUUGGAUGUUGGUUGUUGUUUAAAAACAAGCAUGAGUUGGUUGUUGUUUGGUUUAAAACAAUGGUUUGUUAUUGUUCUUUUGAAACAAUGGUUUGAUAGUGUUCCUUAGAAACAAUGGUUUGAUAGUAUCUGUGUUCUUUUAAUGUUGCUGAUUGUUCUUUUGAACUAGUAGUUUGUGAAUUGGUUUAGAAACAAUUGUUCUUUUGAA